UUGAUGGAGAAUAUGACAGAGGUGGCAGAGUUCAUCCUGCUGGGACUGACCAGUGACCCAGACCUGCAGGUCCCUCUCUUCAUCACCUUCCUCAUCAUCUACAUCAUCACGCUGGCUGGGAACCUGGGAUUGAUUCUCCUGAUUCUCCUGGACUCUCGUCUCCACACCCCCAUGUACUUCUUCCUUGGCAAUCUCUCUCUGGUGGAUUUUUGUUAUUCCUCAGCUGUCACUCCAAAGGUCAUGGCUGGGCUCCUUAUGGGAGACAAGGUCAUCUCCCACAAUGCUUGUGCUGCUCAGAUGUUCUUUUUUGCAGGCUUCAUUACUGUGGAAAAUUACCUGUUGGCCUCAAUGGCCUACGAUCGCUAUGCAGCGGUAUGCAAGCCCCUCCAUUAUGCCACCACCAUGACAACCAGUGUGUGUGUGUGUCUGAUCACAGGUUCUUAUGUUGUUGGUUUCCUGAAUGCUUCCAUCCACAUCGGGGACACAUUCAGUCUUUCCUUUUGUGCAUCCAAUGUGGUCCAUCAUUUUUUCUGUGAUAUCCCAGCAGUCAUGGUUCUCUCUUGCUCUGAUAGACUAGUUAGUGAACUGGUCCUCGUUUACAUAGUGAGUUUCCAUAUCUUUUACGCUCUCAUAGUUAUUUGGAUAUCCUACAUCUUUAUCUUUGUCACCAUUCUAAGGAUGCACUCAACAACGGGACAUCAGAAGGCUUUGUCCACCUGUGCCUCCCACUUCACCGCAGUCUCCAUCUUCUAUGGGACUAGUAUCUUUAUGUAUGUACAGCCCAGCUCCAACCAUUCCAUGGACACUGCCAAAAUCGCAUCUGUGUUUUACACGAUGGUCAUCCCUAUGCUGAACCCUGUGGUCUACAGCCUGAGGAACAAGGAGGUCAAAAGCGCAUUCACAAAGAUAUUGUUGAGGGGAAAAUAG